UCCGAUGAUAUCCAAUUAUAGACUGUCGAAUACAUUUGUUCCGCCUCUGUCGCGUUGUGCAAUUCAAUCAAGAGAAUCGUUAAAAUAAAUUAAAUUACAAAUCUCCAACUUAAAAAUCCGUGAGUUUGUUAGUUUUGAUCAAAAUCUUGAUAAGCGACAAUCGCCGGCUACUACAAAAAAUGUCUUUAAUCAACAAAAUGUUCGUAUUUCUGGCAUUUUUUGCAUUAUCAACCAUUCAUGCCGAAAAACCGCAAGUUCACGUAGUUUUUGAAGCUUUAUGCCCUGCAAGUAUCAAUUUCGUGGAAACAAAUUUAAAGUCAAACUACUCUCCGGUCCUCAAAGAUCAUGUCGACAUCACUUUUAUCCCAUUCGGAAAAGCACGAGAAGUUCCUGAACCGGAAAAGUUCUCUUGUCAACACGGUCCGGAAGAAUGUCAACUUAACAUGAUGAUGUCAUGUGCCUUGUACUUCCUGAAAGAGCAACCAAAGCAAGUUGAUUUCGUCGUUUGUGCCAUGAAAUUGAGGGAAAAUUGGAUGGAGUGUGCCAAAAAAGUUAAAAUUUUACCUGAAAACGUCCUGAAAUGCUACAAUGGAACCUCGAUGGGCGAAGAAUUACAAGUCAAAGCAAUGCAACUACAGAAUGAAGUGUUGGGCGGAUUCCCGAAAGGUGUUCCAACUAUCGUUGUUGAUCGCAAACCUGAUGAUUAUUUGACUCGAUUGGCUUUUGAAGACUUAAGGAAGGCACUUUGUGAGUUGUUCCAUGAAAAAACCGACACGAAAUGGACUCAAGAGUUAAUUGAUUAUUGCAAGUAGUGGAUUUUCAUGCUUUGAUGAGUUCAGAAUCUUUCAUUUUUGAUGACUUUAUGUCCUUGAAAAGAGUCUCAGGUACUUCAGUGAUGUCGAGUUAGCUGAAAAACAUUUAAAUUAAAUUAAAUUAAAUAAAUUAAAAAUUUAAAAAAAAUUAAAAAUCAUUUAAAAAAUCUUCAAAAUUGAAAAAAAAAAU